AUGGCUGCCAACCCAGAAGAGCAUCAACACGAAGACCGCAUUCACUCGGAGGCCGCCAGCCGUGGUCUCCGUCGAACGGGCAGCAAGACUAUGGACUGGGACCGUUCGCAUGAGGACUUUCCGCGCAAUUGGCCCGUCCCCCGCAAAGUCUACGACGACCUGAUUAUCCUCUUCUGGGAAUUCUAUACCUCUCUGCUUAGCACUACUGGCGCAUCAGCCUCCGAGUCCGCCAUGACCGAGUACGGUCUCAGCAGAGUCGUCUCCCUCACGGGCUACCAGUUCAUGUACGGGAUGGGACAGGCAUUUGGAGCAGUCAUCAUGCCCCCAUUCUCCGAGGCGCUGGGCCGGCGUCUCUCAUACCUCAUCUCGGCAGGGACUUAUGUUGUUGCCUGCAUUAUCACAGGGGUGGUCCCCUCACCGGCCGGUGCGUUCAUCGGCCGGUUCAUUGCUGGAUUCUCGGCGGCGGUCCCAGCCAUCGUGUUAGCGGGAAGCAUUGAGGAUCAGUAUAGCAGUCGGCCAAGGCUGUGGUUCCUCUGGCUGUGGAAUUGCUGCACCAUGCUAGGUCUGGCUGCUGGGCCGAUCUACGGGUCUUAUAUUGCUGAUGCGAUCGGGUGGCGCUGGAUAUACCACACCGGCGCCAUUGUUUCGGCCGUCGUAUUUGCCCUUAUGCUGCUCAUCCGCGAAAGCCGUCCAACCACGCUCCUGGCGCGCCGGUUCGAGGACCUAAAAUCAAGGCUGCAGGAGGAUAAUAUCGAUAUUAAGAUGGACAUCCCCAGCCAAGACCGUAUCAGAAACAUCCAUGAACUGGUCCAGACGAUCAUCAUCCGUCCCACCAAGCUCGGCGUGACAGAGCCGAUCAUUAUCCUCGUCGCCGUCCUCAGCGCCUCGGCCUGGGGCAUGCUCUACCUCUUCACCGAGUCCUUUACUGUCGCUUACGGAGGUUUUGGGUUCAGUUCACGUGCGACCUCGCUGCCAUUCCUCGCCCUGAUCCCCGGCAUCAUCACCAGCGGCCUCUGCCGCCACUGGGACCACCACCGUCUGAACAAGCGAGAAAAGCAAGGACAGGGACCGGUACCUGAGGACAAGAUUGACGGCUUCGUUGUUGCCGCCCCGGCGCUGGCUAUCGGCCUCUGGAUCUUUGGAUGGACGGUGCCGCCCAUCGUGCAUGUGCAUUGGAUCGGCUCUAUGUUCGGCGUGGCCCUGAUCGGGUUCGCGGCGACGGAGUUCUCCUACACACUGAGUGGGUACCUUGCAGACGCAUAUACAGUUUAUGCUGGCUCUGCGAUGGCUGCGAGUUCGGUGCUCAAAGCCAUUGCGUCGGGGUGUCUACCGCUGUUCGCGUACCCGAUGUAUUCGGGCCUCGGGUCGAAUGUCGCCACAAGUAUAAUUGCGGCGCUUGGGACAGUGUACUGCAUUACGCCAUGGGUGUUUGUCAAGUAUGGGCUAAGGCUGAGGGAAAAGAGUCCGUUUGCAAGGUAUAGUGCGGAGAUAAGCGACGGGUAG